AUGGGCAAGCUGGAAGACUAUGAGACCAAGCUGACAGCAUAUGCUGAAAAGAUAAUAAAGCUGACGGCAGAAAUAGAAAAAAUGGAGAAGAACCCCAAUGCCAACAAUGAUGCUGAUGUGGAAGAGAUGAAGGUGCAGAUCAGACAGGUGGAGGCUCUGAUUAAAGAGCUGCAGCUCUCCAUCAGAGGCUCCACCACUGUCUUCCAGUCUCUGCGCGUACAGAUCACAGCCAUGGUGGGGACCCUGAACCGGCUGGAGAAGACCUACGACAAGAAUGUGGUUCUGGUGACGCGUCGGGAGUACGUCAAGGUGCAGCUGCAACUAGAGGAGUGUGAGAGACGCCACCAGGAGCUUUUUAACCCCAACAUUGGUUCUUGUGCACACACAGGUAUCAUCAAGGUCAGCAAGCCCAUCGUAAGCCACCUGAAUGCCCAUCUUAAUUCGGGCUACAAAUAUGGAGGCUGGGGGAAAGAUUCAAAGCCUAUUCCUGACAGAGAAUACAGUAUGUACUGGUACUCCGGGUACACCAGUAGCUCCAUUGUUGACAUUAGGUUCUACACUAACUACAAGAACCUCAUUCUGAGAAACCAAUUCCAGCAUCACAACUUACACAGCAGCUGGAUUGGCACAGGGAACAAUUUCAUCAUCCGUGACAACACUCUGUAUUAUCAGAUCAACAACCCAUUUGGGUUAGCCAAACUGAAUUUCACCACCAUGAAAUAUGAGUCCAGGGUGAUUGCUAGGGCUAGCACUAGAUUCUCCUACAGCAACUCUCCCAAUCAGAACUUUGACUUUGCUGCUGAUGAAAGCGGCCUGUGGGUUACCUAUGCCACAGAGGUGUCCAGUGGUCGGAUGGUCAUUGCUAAAAUAAAUGAGCCUUCUUUUGGGGUUGAGGAGGAAUGGCAGACUAGUGUCUAUAAACCAGGAGUGAGCAAUGCCUUCAUGGUGUGUGGUGUUCUGUAUGCCGUCAGAACAGUUGAUAUCCAAACUGAAGAGAUAUUUUACAAGUAUGACACCAAAACCAAACAAGAGAGCUACAUCAGUGUUCCCUUUGAGAGAUUCCAGUCUAAGUUUUCCAACCUAGACUACAAUCCCACUGAUCAGAAGCUCUACAUGUACAAUGAUGGCUACUAUGUGAACUACCAUCUGUGGUUUAACCACACUGCUAAAGCCACUGUGGCACCACCAUUGCUCCUGUCCUAA